UCAAUAGCAGAUGUCGGCAUCACUUCUUGGACGGACUAGCUUUAUGUAGCAGGAGUGCCAAAAUGCCACAGUAGCUUGGACCAGUUACAAUGUCACUUAGGGACUUCAAAGUUCCAAACCCUAUAAGUGCAGGCGCUAAAAGGACGGAUCGAAUUGCGAAGAGGAAAAACCCGAAUCAAGUUAGAGUGCGUGUGCGACCUCGCAUUGAACCAAGCAACACUCAACAGGAAGUAGGCCACCACCAGCUAGAAGAUGAUGAGGGAGAGCAACAUGCUAACGUGGAAAUGCAUAUGGGCGCUUCAGCAGCGGAUCCGCUGCCGCAUGUGCACAGCGAGUCCGAUGAUGAAGACACCGAGCAAGGCGACGACGCAUCAGUGGACGUUGCAGCUCAGGGCUGCAACUUGCUGCCGGUUCAGGCGGACUGCGUCUCCGACUCGAACAGCGGGUGGGACCUCGACCACGCUCACUCUGGCAAGAACGUUCUCUGGUGGCACCAGUCCGUGCUGCAGAUGUAUGACAUCCUGUCAUUCAGGACCAGACAUCUCAGCGCAGACGCGUUUUGUGACGCUAUGAUGAACAGCUGGGAGCGCAAUGGGAUCUCCCGUCCAAGCUCUGUGUCGGCGACAACCCUGCGCCAGCGCAUGCGCGAGGCGCUGCUGUUGUAUAUGGACUGUCAGAACGUCAUCGAGGACUACCCGGAGGACACUAUAACCGACUGGCCUCGCGGCGCCCUGAACAGCUGCCCCUGCUGCGGUGACAGCGUCACAUGUGCAGCAAUGGCGGUGGACGCAGGCGCCGGGCCAGCUGGCGGCGCCAUGGCAGCCGCCGUAGCGGCUGCCGCUGCAGUGGCUGGGGAAACGGUGGUGGGCGCACGCGCCGGGCCGAGCGGCAGUGGCGGCGUGGCGGGUGUGGACAUGGCAGACGCCGGGCCAGCCAGCGGCGCCAUGGCAGCCGGCGUAGCGGCUGCCGCUGCAGUGGCUGGGGAAACGGUGGUGGGCGCACGCGCCGGGCCGAGCGGCAGUGGCGGCGUGGCGGGUGUGGACAUGGCAGACGCCGGGCCAGCCAGCGGCGCCAUGGCAGCCGGCGUAGCGGCUGCCGCUGCAGUGGCUGGGGAAACGGUGGUGGGCGCACGCGCCGGGCCGAGCGGCAGUGGCGGCGUGGCGGGUGUGGACAUGGCAGACGCCGGGCCAGCCAGCGGCGCCAUGGCAGCCGGCGUAGCGGCUGCCGCUGCAGUGGCUGGGGAAACGGUGGUGGGCGCACGCGCCGGGCCGAGCGGCAGUGGCGGCGUGGCGGGUGUGGACAUGGCAGACGCCGGGCCAGCCGGCGGCGCCAUGGCAGCCGCUACUGUGGCCAUGCUUGGUGCAGCCGCUGUCGCUUCAGCAUGGCUGCUCACCGCAUGCAGUCCUGAGGGCUCUGGUCCGGGUCCUUCUUGUCUCCACUCGGUGCACUUCGACGCAUGCUUCAAGUUGAAUUUGCUGGCGUUCAGAGGCUACGCGGCGCAGUACACGCAGCUUGCACGCCGCCGCUUUUUCCUGCCCAACACGCUCAUCCAGCAGGUACUUGCAGACGGCACGGCUUCGCAGCAGAUUGGAGCAACCCACUGCUCCAACUUCAACGCCGAUAAGGUGCUUGCAGCCGAGUCACGCAAGAACCUGAUCACGGCAGUCGGGGCUGUGCUAUGCCGGCACGGUAUGCUGCUGCGGUUGAUGAACCUGUUCGGAGGCGAACGUCAUGCCUACGCUACGACUGCGGCGUUGUCUCUCCUGAGCGCUGGAACAGCGGUGCAGUUCUGGUGGUACGACAUUGCUUGCAGGUGGGGCAAAUCCUACACCAAAUGGCUGGGACGGCAAGCUCCAGAGCUGCAGCAGCUGGGCGCAGGCCUGCGACCCCUAAUCCCGCCGUGGCAUCGGUACGCCCACAGGUGAGUGGCUAUCACUUCUUACCCUGGCGAUGACUAACAAUGUCAUGUGUACUGUUUGCAGCCUCGCCUGCCAGAAGGCAUUUGGUCACGCCAGCGUAGGUGGUGUGGGGCAGGGCACUGGGGAGCCGGCUGAGAUCUUCAACAGCGUCAUUGGGCCGCAUGGCGGGGUCACCCAGUACAUGAGUCCGGCGAAUAGGGAGGCGCAUCUGGAGCGUGUGUGCCGCCUGUACUGCCGGGACGUUUUGGAGGACAUGCCGAUGCGGCUCUGGCGCAUGCGUGAGCGUGCGAAGGCGGUCCUGUCCAGUGCGCGGCAGCGCGUUGACGACCUGGAGGCAGCCCUUGCAAAGGAGAUGAGCUGCGAGGUCGAGGAGGUACGACAGCGCCUGCAGCAGCCCGCAAUGGAGCCCGUUGCGGGCACCGGUGCGGGCGCAGGCGCAGGCACAGCCGCAGCCGCAGCCGCAGCCGCAAGCGCGGGCACCGGCGUAGGCGCGGGCGCCGGCACGGGCGAGGGCAUGGGCGAGGGCACGGCCGCGGGCGCGGGCACGGGCGAGGGCACGGCCGCGGGCGCGGGCACGGGCGCGGGCACGGACACGGGCACAGGCGUGAGUGUGUCUGCUGCAGAGUAUGCACGCUGCAGACUUGCCAUCAUGAAGCUGCAGCGUGAGGAUGCGCUGGACGACAGCUCGGACGCAGUGCGUCUAGGGCUGCUGUUUCCAGGCGCGGAUGCUGUGCCCGUGUGGCAGCGACCAGUCCUCAUCCGCUCCAUAAAGGAGCAGGCUGCAGAGCUCGAGCACAAGCACGGGUACGAUCCAGUAGCCUGGGGCCCAGGGUCGGUGCUGAUGCAGGCAGCACUGGCGGCGCUGGCGGAGAGCGAGCUUGCGAAACUGUGUGACGAAGUAGAGGAUGCCGUGUCGGACGUCGUUGCGCUUGGCUACGUGGUCAAGAAACUGGCAGGCCGCCGCCACCAGCAGCAGCUUGCGGUGAAAGAGGAGAGGCGGGCGCGGGAGUCCGUGGCCCGGCUGUGGGGCGAUCUCGUCAGCUGGAGUAAAGUCCCCAGAGCCACGUCUGAAGAACUGCGGAGUGGCCUCUCAGCUGCGGGGGCUAUGGGCAAGGCCCUCAAGAAGCAGGCCUUUCCGUGGGUGCCACGGCACGGGCGCCUAGGGGUGCCGAAGCUGGAAGCGCGUUGGCGCCGCGCGCAGGAGGAAAUUGUGCGGUGCACGGAGGAGUUAGAGCUUAUCACUAAAGAAAGCACGUGUGCGGUCAAGUACUACACGCACCGCGCGCGCCUUUUGACCCAGGCACAGUGCGGUGUAGAGGAGCGGAGUAGCCGCGGGCGGUUGCUUGGGCUGCACUUGGCAGCAUGCAACCGCAUGCGAGGAAAAUUUGAUGUGCUGUGCACGGUGGAGGCAGUGAAUGACUGAGUAGCUAAGGUGGGGCACGGUGUAAACCAUACAGGCA